GGCGUCGAGUUUAGUUGGUGUUUGCAACUUGUCGUGUGCAUCUCACAGACAAAAUGGAUAAGUUUCCUUUUGAAAUACGCGAUGUGGAUCCAGCAACCAAUGCGGAGCUGCUGGAAUACUUUAUAGGUGAGCGGACCGGCUUUGUUCAAGUUGGACCAGAGGGAUAUUUCUUUCCAUACAAGUACAAAACGGAGGCGAAACAUUAUUACAACUUUGAGGCACGACCCGAUGACAUUUGGAUAGCUACUGUGCCGCGUUCGGGCACCACUUGGACGCAGGAGCUCAUCUGGUUGGUGGCCAAUCAAUUAGACUUUGAGCAGGCAAAGGAACGUCCGUUAACUGAACGUUUUCCCUUUCUCGAAUUUCCCUUGUUCUUGCAUGAUGCUGUCAAGGAAGAGCUGUUAGCUGAAAAUUGUGACUCACCGGCUGCUUUAGAGUUUAUUGAGCUGAUUUCUCGACCGGGCUAUGAGACACUUGAGCAACUUCCCCGUAACCAGAGGCGUUUUAUUAAGACCCAUUUUCCCUUCUCAUUAAUCCCACCCAGUGUCUUGGAGAAGAAAUGCAAGAUAAUUUAUGUGGCCCGUAAUCCCAAAGAUGUGGCCGUCUCCUAUUAUCAUCUCAAUCGUUUAUUCCGCACACUAGGAUAUUGUGGGGACUUUGAGCGCUAUUGGCGUUACUUCCAGCGAGGAUUGAAUCCCUGGCUACCUUACUACAGUCACAUAAAGGAGGCAAAACAGCAAAGAGAUUUGCCAAAUGUACUUUAUUUGAACUAUGAGGAUAUGCUGGUAGAUUUGCCAGGAGCAAUAAUGAAAAUUGGUAACUUCUUGGAUUGCACGCCAAAUGCCGAAGGAUUGGAGAAAUUACUCAAUCACUUGAGCUUUAAGAGUUUUCGUGAAAAUAAAUCGGUUAAUAUGCAUCAAAUGGCAGCCGUUGGUGUCCUGAACCAAGGCGAGGCUGGAUUUGUGCGCAGCGGCGGCAAGGAUUCCAAGGAUGCCAAACAGCAUGAUCAAAAGGAAUUUGCGGAGAAUCCGAAUCUGCUAAAGCUCGCUAAUGAUUGGAUACAGCAGGAAGUUAAAUGUUUUAAAUCAAUUUAAAAAUACCGCUUACUUAAAUGCAAUCGAUACAAAUCGAUACUUGUCUCAACUGCGAAUAAUUACUCAAGGCUGGUAUGCAGCACAGAUGAGUAAUGUAAUAAAAUGA